GCCGCCAUGUGCUCCCAGCUCUGGUUCCUGACGGACCGGCGCAUCCGCGAGGACUACCCGCAGGUGCAAAUCCUGCGCGCCCUCCAGCAGCGCUGCUCCGAGCAGGACGUGCGCUUCCGGGCGGUGUUCAUGGACCAGAUCGCCGUCACCGUCAUCGGCGGCCACCUCGGCCUACAGCUGAACCAGAAGGCGCUCACCACCUUCCCGGAUGUGGUGCUCGUUCGCGUGUCCACUCCGUCGCUGCAGUCGGACAGUGACAUCACGGUCCUGCGGCACCUGGAGAAGUUGGGCUGCCGCUUAGUCAACCGCCCACAGAGCAUCUUAAACUGCAUCAACAAAUUCUGGACCUUCCAAGAGCUGGCUGGGCAUGGGGUCCCCAUGCCAGAUACCUUCUCCUACGGUGGGCAUGAAGACUUUUCAAAGAUGAUUGAUGAAGCUGAGCCCCUGGGCUACCCAGUCGUGGUGAAGAGCACACGAGGACACCAGGGAAAAGCUGUUUUUCUUGCAAGAGAUAAGCAUCACCUCUCAGACAUCUGCCAUCUGAUCCGCCAUGAUGUGCCCUACCUGUUCCAGAAGUAUGUGAAGGAGUCACACGGAAAAGAUAUCCGGGUGGUGGUGGUCGGGGGCCAGGUGAUAGGCUCGAUGCUUCGCUGCUCCACAGAUGGACGGAUGCAGAGUAACUGCUCCCUCGGUGGCGUGGGCGUCAUGUGCCCGCUGACAGAACAGGGCAAGCAGCUGGCCAUUCAGGUGUCCAACAUCCUGGGCAUGGACUUCUGUGGCAUUGACCUCCUCAUCAUGGAUGACGGCUCCUUUGUGGUGUGUGAGGCAAACGCCAACGUCGGUUUCCUCGCCUUUGACCAGGCGUGCAACUUAGACGUGGGAGGGAUCAUUGCAGACUAUGCCAUGUCCUUGCUGCCAAAUAUGCAGACUGGGAAGAUGGCCGUCCUCCCAGGACUGUCUAGUCCCAGGGAGAAGAAAGAGCCAGAUGGCUGUGCGUCAGCUCAGGGAGUUGCAGAGAGCAUCUACACCAUCAACAACGGGUCUACCUCUAGUGAGAGCGAGCCUGAACUGGGCGAGGUCCGGGGUUCCUCCGUGAGCACACCGGGGCCCCCGCCGCCCACGCUGCCCACGCUGCCCGAACCCAGCUACAACAUUAACAACAGGAUUGCUUCUGAAUUAAAACUGAAGUGAAUUCCUGCUUGUCUGGCAGCAUCUAAGCCAAAUCCUACUGCUUUCCUAGUAGUUUUGAAUGAAUAAAAUCUGGGCUAAUGUGAUUUCAUUUGCACAGAAACUAGAAAUCCCAUCUGGGCACUCGGCAUUCUUUCUAACGAUGAUUUAAGCAAAUGGCCUAGCUUUGUGGUUUUUACAAAGACUAAUCUAAAAACACUCACCAAGAACAACAUCCUGGCUGAUCAAUUUGGAGCGAGGUCUGCUCAAGCACUUGGAUAUCACAACUUAUUUUAAGGCGCUGAUUCUGUGCUGCCGCUUCUGGCUUUUAGCAAUAGAGCCCAUUAACUCGUAAAGGCUCCUGGAAAUACUGUCCUCAAAAGCAACCUCCGGAUGGAGGCGUGUGCAGAAGAGGUGGAAUGUGACUGCAGUUAUGUGCUUUUCGUUAAGAGUUGCGUGUGUGUGUGCGAGAGAGAGAUGCUUGGAGAAUACACAGUUCAAAUAGUAAUUAGAGGAUGGAUCUCUGUUCCCCAUCAAUCACCGUUUUGACCAUAUUUCUAUGACACUCAGGAUAUGGUGUUCUAGGGAGCUUCCUCAUUAGCAUUUUCAAUGAAGCACUUUGUUGAAAGUAAAAUUGAACGUUCUUCGACUUCACUGGUUGGCAGAUGUCCUGCUCUGUAACUGGGGAGCUCUACAAAUCUCUUUGCCAUUCCACAUUCACAGACCCUGCUUCAACCAACGCCAGCCCCAGCAGCCUCUUGCACCUUUGCUGCCUUUGGCCUCAGCUGGAAAUGCACUUCAAUGAGCUAGUGGCCACACACUUUAUUUCUUAAGCAUGCACUAGAACCAAACACCGUGGACUUUCUUUUCAGUGGACAAUUUUCCCAUGUCAUCCAGAAGCCAUUGGUUUAUAUCAUGGAAAGCUACUGGAAGAUAAUCAUCUUCCCCCUCCUCUACUGAAGCUUUGUGUACUACUUAGCUGUAGGAGGGGUUUUUUGUCUGAGUUGGUUUUGCGGGCUUAUUAGGUAGAUACAGCCAUUGGAAAUACAGUCCAAUCCCCUUGAUAUUCUAGUCUAAUCCAGGUUCCAGAGACCUGUCCUUACCCACUUUUCCAAAUUGGGGAGACUCAAGUACCAGGACUUACUCAUUGCACAUUUUGGAGGGAGUUAGAUAAUGUCGACAUGACACCAAGUGCUUUUCAUUUCAACUCUUCAAGCAGUAGAUGAUGAUCCUUCCCGUCCGUGGAAAUGGAGUGCUCCACUUCUGCCGUACAAAGUAUGACUGGAAAUGAGCAAGACCACCUUUUUAACCAAAUCACACGCACUCAAGAGCUACCAUAAUCAGGGUCGUUUCCUUGGGAGACCAUACUCUUGAGCUGUGAUGUUGCAUGUGCCAAGAACACAUAGAAUCCCUGUUUGGAGUUAUCUUUGAAAUGAUGCAAGAAAAGAGGGCUUACAACCUCAUAGUCAGGUCUUUUUUUUAUACCACCCCUCCCCAGAGGUAGUCCCAAGUCCAUCACCCAUUUUAUUUACUGGACUUAUCUUCUAAUGCUCUUUGGCUGUUAAAAAAAAUCACUUGAUGAAAAAUAAAUCUACCCUUACGGGACAAAGACUUAACAACACUGAGAAAGCUUUUAAGGAGACAGUUUUCAAGGAUGGCUCUAGAAAUGUUCUGAGUAAGGCCGGCUUCACAAGGCUAAACACAUCUUCCCAAGGUGACUACUUCGAAGGCAGCAACACCCAUCUGGGGGCGUAAACUCCUGUACUUGUUCCACUGUCAAUGUAAAAUAUGUAUAAGGUCAAACAAUUCCAUUGUUUUCACAAAACAUGUCAGUAGAAAUUGGCUUUUAAAAUACUGUGGCUAAAAUCAGACCUCACCAUGU